UCAACAUGCUCAGGUUUGCUGUGAUUGCUGUUGUGUUUGUGGUGGUCGCCGCCUUUCCCUCCGAUCCCCACAGGCGCUCACUUCCUACAUACGGGGACGCUCCAGCCGAGUAUCAGUUUAGCUAUGAAGUGAAGGACGACUACUCCAAGAACGACUACGGGCACUCGGAGGACCGCAGUGGCUACAACACCCGGGGACAAUACCAGGUGGUGUUGCCAGACGGCCGCGUCCAGACCGUGGAAUACACCGUCAGCAACGACAGCGGCUUCAUGGCGAACGUUAAAGCCAAGGGCGUCGUCCAGCCACUUUACGGAUAACGGACGCUUUCUGCUUAGUUGUUGAAUAUUUUAUGAAGUAAAUACAGAGAUAAAUAAAUAUAU